GAGAACAGUUCACGACAAUGAAGGGAACCAAAGGCAUUGAGAACCCGGCUUUCAUUCCCUCCAGCCCAGACACCCCGCACCGCUUGUCUGCGUCGCCCUCCCAGGUGGAAGUCUCUGCUUUAUCCUCCGACACCCAGAGGGAGAGUUCUCAGCCACAGGAGUCUCCGGAGUCCCACAAGUCAUGGGGACCUCCUCUGCCUUCAUCAACUGCCCCGGCUUCCGAAGAGCGCCCCGGACCACAGUCGGAGUUUGAGGAGGGGCCUUGCGGAUGGAGCAACUUGCAUCCCCAGUGUCUCCAGCGCUGCAACACGCCACAAGGGUUUCUGAUUCACUACUGCCUGUUGGCCCUCACUCAAGGUGUUGUUGUAAAUGGCCUAGUAAAUAUCAGCAUAUCCACUAUUGAGAAGCGCUAUGAGAUGAAGAGUUCCCUGACUGGCCUGAUAUCAUCAAGCUACGAUAUUGCCUUCUGUUUAUUGUCAUUAUUUGUAUCAUUCUUUGGUGAAAGAGGACACAAGCCCAGAUGGCUUGCAUUUGCAUCCUUUAUGAUAGGACUGGGGGCACUUGUAUUUUCCUUGCCACAGUUUUUUAGUGGUCGAUAUCAACUGGGGUCCAUUUAUGAAGAUACUUGCUCAACAACAAGGAAUAGCACCAGUUGUACCUCAUCCAACUCUUCGCUUUCUAACUACUUGUAUGUCUUCAUCUUGGGGCAACUGUUGCUGGGGACUGGAGGGACCCCUCUCUACACCCUGGGAACAGCCUUUAUUGAUGAUUCUGUGCCCACUCACAAGUCUUCUCUCUAUAUAGGAAUCGGCUAUUCUAUGUCAAUCUUAGGCCCAGCCAUUGGCUAUGUUUUGGGAGGACAACUGUUAACCAUGUACAUUGAUGUUGCUAUGGGAGAAAGCUCUGGUAUCACUGAAGAUGAUCCACGAUGGUUGGGGGCUUGGUGGAUCGGAUUUCUCAUAUCUUGCUUCAUUGCUUGGUCUUUGAUAGUACCUUUCUCUUGCUUCCCAAAACAUUUACCAGGUACAGCAAAAAUUCAAGCUGGAAAAAUUUCCCAGACUCAUCAGAAUAAGAGUAGUUCCUUGCAACACACAGAUGAGAAUUUUGGAAAAAGUUUUAAAGAUUUCCCAGCUGCUCUGAAGAAUUUGAUGAGGAAUACUGUCUUUAUGUGUUUAGUUUUAUCAACUUCUUCAGAAGCCUUAGUUACUACUGGAUUUGCAACAUUUUUACCUAAAUUUAUAGAAAAUCAAUUUGGACUGUCAUCCAGCUUUGCAGCUACCCUUGGAGGAGCUGUUUUGAUUCCUGGAGCUGCUCUUGGUCAGAUUUUAGGAGGUGUUCUUGUUUCAAAGUUCAAAAUGACAUGUAAAAAUACAAUGAAAUUUGCAUUGUUCACAUCUGGAGUUGCACUUAUGCUGAGUCUUAUAUUUAUUUAUGCCAAAUGUGAAAAUGAGCCAUUUGCUGGUGUGUCUGAAUCAUAUAAUGGAACAGGAGAACUGGGAAAAUUGACAGCCCCUUGUAAUAGCAAUUGUAGCUGUUCACGAUCCUAUUAUUAUCCACUCUGUGGAAUAGAUGGAGUCCAGUAUUUUUCUCCAUGCUUUGCAGGUUGUUCAAAUUCUGUUUCAGAUAAGAAAACAAAGGUAUAUUACAACUGUUCCUGUAUUGAAAGGAAAGCAGAAAUAACACCUAUGGCAGAUAAUUUUGGUUUUGAAGCUAAAGCAGGAAAAUGUGAAACUCACUGUGCGAACUUGCCCAUAUUUCUUGGCAUUUUCUUUGUUGCAAUUAUUUUUACCUUUAUGGCUGGUACUCCAAUAACUGUGUCCAUAUUAAGGUGUGUUAAUCAAAAUCAACGAUCUCUAGCAUUAGGAAUACAGUUCAUGUUACUUCGAUUAUUAGGCACAAUACCUGGACCAAUUAUAUUUGGUGUCACGAUCGACAGCACAUGUAUUCUCUGGGAUAUUAAUCAAUGUGGAAUUAAAGGUGCUUGCUGGAUUUAUGAUAACAUAAAGAUGGCUCAUAUGCUAGUAGGUAUAGCUGUUACUUGUAAAGUUAUCACCAUUUUCUUCAAUGGAUUUGCAAUCUUUUUGUAUAAACCACCACCACUGAACACAGAUGUGUCAUUUCAAAAUCAGAAUGCAGUUGUGACAACGGUUGCAGUAGAAAGGGAUCUCAACAAAGCAGGAAAUGAAGGGUGAAGAGAAAAAGAUUAUUUGACAGUUGGAAAAUUGACCUCCAUUUCUAAGAACACAGUGCCACAGCAGCAUUAUCUACCGAGUAUAGUCAAUGGUAUUUUAAACACUGAUGGUUUAUAAUCACAUGUGUUUGUUGCAUAUGUAUGGACUCUUGAUUUUCAUACAAGAAACAGACCUGUGCCUUCAAAGCCAACCAAAGCCUCAAAACACACACAGGCUCACUUAUUUUUCACUGUCUAGGUAUGAA